UUCGGGGGCGCAUGCGUGCUGUGCUCGGCGGCGGAUACUUGGAAGCCCUGUUGCUGGUUUUGGGGACGGUGUUGCUAUGGCUGCUGCAGUUGCACCCUUAGGCGUAGCUCUGCGAGAAGCCACCCAGCGAAAAUUGCGGAGGUUUUCAGAGCUGAGAGGCAAACCUGUGGCAGCUGGAGAAUUCUGGGACAUUGUUGCAAUAACAGCAGCUGAUGAAAAACAGGAACUUGCUUAUAAGCAACAGCUGUCAGAAAAGCUGAAAAAAAAGGAGCUACCCCUUGGAGUUCAAUAUCAUGUUUUUGUUGAUCCUGCUGGAGCCAAAAUUGGAAAUGGAGGAUCCACACUUUGUGCCCUUCGAUGUUUAGAAAAGCUAUAUGGAGAUAAAUGGAAUUCUUUUACCAUCCUAUUAAUUCAUUCUGGUGGUUACAGCCAACGCCUUCCAAAUGCAAGUGCUCUGGGCAAAAUUUUCACUGCAUUACCUUUUGGUAACCCCAUUUAUCAGAUGUUGGAAUUAAAACUAGCCAUGUACAUUGAUUUCCCCUCACAUAUGAAUCCUGGGAUUCUGGUUACCUGUGCAGAUGAUAUUGAACUUUAUAGUAUUGGAGAAUGUGAGUUUAUUAGAUUUGACAAACCUGGCUUUACUGCUUUAGCUCAUCCUUCGAGUUUGACUGUUGGUACCACACAUGGAGUAUUUGUCUUAGAACCUUUUAAUGGUUUAGAAUAUAGAGACCUUGAAUACAGGUCUUGCCAUCGUUUCCUUCAUAAGCCCAGCAUAGAAAAGAUGCAUCAAUUUGAUGCUGUAUAUAGACCUGGAAAUAUUUCUCAACAGGACUUUGCUAGGGGUGACACUCCCUGUCUUAAGUUAGACUCUGAGUAUGUCUACACAGACAGCUUGUUUUAUAUGGAUCAUAAGUCAGCAAAAAAGUUACUUGCUUUUUUUGAGAAAAUAGGCACAUUGAACUGUGAAAUAGAUGCCUAUGGAGACUUUCUGCAAGCUUUGGGACCUGGAGCAACUGUGGAGUACACCAGAAACACAUCAAAUGUCACUAAAGAAGAGGCAGACUUGAUAGACAUUAGGCAGAGAAUAUUUCAUCUUCUUAAAGGAACCUCAUUAAAUGUUGUUGUUCUUAAUAACUCCAAAUUUUAUCACAUUGGAACAACUGAAGAAUAUUUGUUUCAUUUUACUUCAGAUAGCAGUUUGAAGUCAGAGCUUGGCUUACAGUCCAUAGCUUUUAGCAUCUUUUCUGCAAUACCAGAAUGCUCUGGUAAUACAUCCUGUAUCAUUCAAAGUAUACUGGAUUCAAGAUGUUCUGUGGCAACUGGCUCAGUUGUGGAGUAUUCCAGAUUGGGGCCCGAUGUUUCAGUUGGGGAAAACUGCAUUAUUAGUGGUUGUCAUAUCAUAGCAACAGCUGUCCUGCCUGCAUAUUCUUUUGUGUGUUCCUUAAGCUUGAAGAUGAAUGGACUCUUAAAGUAUUCAACUAUGGCAUUUGGAGUGCAAGACAACUUGAAAAAGAACGUUAAAACAUUGUCAGAUAUAAAGUUACUUCAAUUCUUUGGAGUCUGUUUCCUGUCAUGCUUAGAUAUUUGGAAUCUGCAAGUUACAGAGGAACUGUUCUCUGGAAACAAGACAUGUUUGAGUUUGUGGAAUGCUCGUAUUUUCCCAGUUUGUUCUUCUUUGAGUGAAUCAGUUACAAUAUCCCUAAAAAUGUUAAAUGCUAUACAGAACAAAUCAGCAUUCAGCCUGAAUAACUAUAAACUGUUGUCCACUGAAGAAAUGCUUGUCUACAAAGAUGUAGAAGACAUGAUAACUUACAGGGAGCAAAUUUUUCUAGAAAUUACUUUAAAUGCAAAACAGUCUGAUUUAGAGACAUCUUAAAUAUCCUACACCUUGCCAUUCUUGAUUGAGCAAGACUACAAAAAGAAGAGUUUCUAUAGAUUUUUGUUUGUUUCUUUGAAGUGAAUCAAUGAAAAUUAUGUUAACAUAAUUGUUGUAGCAUAAUAUUAAUAACACAAAAAUACAAAUCAUCCAUUUUGGUGAAAGAAUAUUUCAAGGCUGUGAGCUCAGAAAAGGGAUUUUUUUGAUGUUUAGCACUAUUUUAAUUUUCUUUUUUAUUAAAGAUGGAUUUGUGGAGCACUGCUGUGUUCAUAUAGUACUAUAGUAGUUUUUUUUUUUUUUUAAAGAUUUUAUUUAUUUCACAA